AUGGUAAAAAACCAAUCAUGUGUUGGAGUUUUUAUAAUGUUUACUUGCAAAAGAUUACUAUGGAUUAUCAAAGAUAAAGGGGAAUCUUGGACAGGUCAAUAUUUUCGCGAUAUUGUUUUGAUUGAAAAUGUAAUUCCUUUCUUAAAAAAUGAAGAAAAUGUUAUUGAUCCUGAUGAAGUUAUAUUUGUUCACGAUAAAGCACCGUGUAUGCGAGCAAAUAAAACUCAACAUUUGCUCCAAGACAACGAUGUCAAAUUUUGGGGUAAUGAUAUCUGGCCAGGAAAUUCACCUGAUCUCAAUGUGGCAGAACACAUCGGAUCAAUAAUCAAAGAUGAAGUUGAAAAAAAAAUGUCAUCGGAAAGUGGACAUAAUCGAUAUCUUGAAGAAACGCUCAAAAUGCACGUCGCAAAUGUUUUAGCAAGCAUGGAAGAAGAUACUGAACUAUUUGAAACUCUUCUAUGCUCAUAUCCAUCUCGAUUUCGUGCUGUAAAAAAUGCUAAUGGUCGUCACACAGAUUAUUGA